AUGCACUCUCCCAAGAAAAAAAAACUCUAUACACACCAAACUGAGCAUGUGCAGCUUGCCCAAGAGCCUAUCAGGAGUUAUUUAGUAGACACUGGACGAAGGGGAGGAUCAGAGAAGACAGAAUCAAACGUCCUUUUUACACAAUGCAGAGGAUUAACCCUUUAGGUUCCACAGUGAGUAUAACAAGCAUGCUUUACUGCCAGGGUCGGACUGACAACUCAUGGGGCCUCCGGGCAAUAGGGGAUCAUGGGGCCCCUGUGUCCUUGCCCAAACUCAAAAAAGCCUAU